CGGUUUUGGCGGGAGAUUGUUGUCUGCAUCGGGACAGUGUCAGGAAAAGGUUCUGCCGCCGUGUCAAAAUCGGUUUUGGCGGGAAAUUGUUGUCUGCAUCGGGACAGUAUCAGGAAGAUAUGGCUGGAACAGGGGGAGCUGACGAUUCUCCGGCCACUUUCCAGAAGUUAUCUCAACUAGCUUUUGGAACAGUAAUGGCUGCCGCCGCGCGGGAUUACAAGAAGGAAUUGGAGGCCACUCAGCGGCAAGCUUCUCAAUCUGGCGGACCAAAGGAAGAUGAAGUGGACCUGGAUGAGCUGGACAAAGACGAUCCCGAACUCGAUCGGAUUCAAGCCAAGCGGUUGGAGGCCCUGAAGAGAGAGGAAGCUGCGCGCCAUGCUGCAAAAGAGCAUCAAGGUUGGCAAGGGGAGUAUCGAGAGAUCGUGGAGGUAGACUUUCUCCCCGAGGUGACGGGAACGCAACACGUGGCCUGCCAUUUUUUCCACAAGGAUUUCCCACGCUGCAAGAUCUUGGACAUGCACUUGAAAGCGCUAAGUGCCAAGUACACUGGCACCAAGUUCAUCAAAAUCGACGCAGUGAAGUGUCCCUUCUUCGUCACGAAACUGAAAGUGAAAGUCCUUCCGUGCUUGAUUUUGUUCAGAGAUGGUGUGGCUUUUGAUCGAAUCGUAGGCUUUCAGGAAUUAGGGCACGCAGAUGAUUUUCCAACAAAUGUGCUGGAGGCGCGGUUACUGAGAGCAGGGGUCAUUUCGGCAAAGUGCAAGUCCGGGGGGAAAGGGGAUAACGACAGUGAAGAGGAAGAUAACGGAGUCGAAGCCGGAUAUGGCGGUGGGACGAGCGUUCGGUUUGGAUCGAGCAAUAGGGAUAGAGAAGCAGAUUCUGACUCUGACUGAUCCGAUCAUUUCGCCUAAUAAUAUCUAUCUAUCUAGCUAUCUAUCUAUAUCUAUAAUCUAUCUGUCUAUAGCAUCUGAAACCGUAUCUAUGUAUAACGUCUGAAAGUGAAUAGCCGGUCUCGCAUAGCCCUCCCGUGAGAUCCGUUUACGUUGGGAAAAGGAAUCAAGCUGGGGCAAUUUUGUUUGUUUUUUUUUCUCGGGCUAAGCUCGGUUCGUUGUGCGAAGGGCUCCUUGUUUUUGGCGCUAAGCUCGUUUUGUUGGUCGAGUGGGGCGUAGUUUUUUUUCUUUCUCCUCGUUGUGUAGGUUUUGAAGAGCAUUAGGUCGUGUCGUGUGGCGUCGGGUCAACCCGCCAAUUCACCGCCCACUGUUUGUGAACCCAAUAAGCUGUUGAAAACGGCCCUGAGAUCGGUGAUCUGCUCAAGGUCACAAUGUGUCUCUUGGAGAGAGAGUGAUUCCUGCGAGGGCUUUGCCUCAGCACAUUGGCAUUGCGGGUAUGGAAGUCGGUAGCGCAAAGGAAUAUGAAGCUCUUUCUCAAUGAAUGGCUGUGUCUUCAUCAGUACGCGUGAUGGGGCAAACGUCCAGAUUCGUGACCGUCUAGGAGAAAAGAACUACUUUAUGUUGGGCACGCGUGCUGAAGAUGUGGCUGGCAAAAGCCGGGAAAGGGCCGGUUUAAAGUUCUUGCCGAAUCUGCGCCUUGCGGAGGUGAACGCGUACAUUGUCUUUGGAACGUCUGAAUGUGUGUGUGUGUGUGUGUGUGUGUGAGAGAGAGAGAGAGAGAGAGAGAGAGAGAGAGAGAGAGAGAGAGAGAGAGAGAGAGUAUUGAUGGGGCAAACAUCCAGAUUCGUGACCAUCUAGGAGAAGAGAACUACUUUAUGCUGGGCACACGUGCUGAAGAUGUGGUUGGCAAAAGCCGAGAAAGGGCCGGUUUAAAGUACAUGCCGAAUCUGCGCCUUGAGGAGGUGAAGGCGUACAUCUGAUCUGGUGUCUUUGGAACAUCUGAAUGUGUGUGUGUGUGUGUGUGUGUGUGAGAGAGAGAGAGAGAGAGAGAGAGAGAGAGAGAGAGAGAGAGAGAGAGAGAGAGAGAGAGAGANGUGUGUGUGAGAGAGAGAGAGAGAGAGAGAGAGAGAGAGAGAGAGAGAGAGAGAGAGAGAGAGAGAGAGAGAGGAUGAAAGAGAAAAGUCGUUGUGCAUGCAGGAUGUGCAAAGCCCCGUCUGUCUAAGGGUGGGGCGAGAGAGAGAGAGAGAGAGAGAGAGAGAGAGAGAGAGAGGGGAUGAAAGAGAAAAGUCGUGCAUGCAGGAUGUGCAAAGCCCCGUCU